UUGACCAAAGGUUUAGAACAAGAAGGAAAAAAUCCCAAGCUCAAAUUUUUAGCCACUCAGUCAGAUACAGAUUUUCAUGGGCAUGGCCAAAACUUGAAAAUAAAUAAAUAAAUACCUCCCCAAAAAAAUAGGUUUAAUCUAUGGCCUCCAUAUCCACAUGCUUUCAGUACCUUCCACCAAAGCCACGCUUCUACUACCCAAAACCCUCAAUUCUCCCUAACUUUCCCAAAACCUUUCCUGUCAUCCAAACACCCAUUUCCCCGCGGCUAGCCCCGAGAGUUCGGGCGCCUAGGGUUUUGGUGCCAGUGGUUAGAGCUGGCAUUGAUGUCACCCCAGGGAUUAGGCCUGGAGGCGUUGUGGAGAGCGAUAAGCUCUCCACUGAUGUGAGGAAAAGAACAAUGGAGGCUGUGGAUUCUUUUGGUGGAAGAGUUACUAUAGGGGAUGUGGCCGGUAGGGCUGGGCUCAAGUUGAACGAAGCUCAGAAGGCUUUGCAGGCUCUUGCUGCUGAUACAGACGGCUUCUUAGAGGUCUCUGAUGAAGGUGAUGUUCUCUAUGUUUUCCCAAAAGAUUAUCGAGCAAAGCUUGCGGCCAAAUCAUUCAGGAUAAAGUUGGAACCUAUAUUUGAUAAGGCAAAGGCUACAGCUGAGUAUUUAGUAAGGGUUUCAUUUGGCACUGCUCUAAUUGCGUCCAUCGUUCUUGUUUAUACCACAAUUAUUGCUAUUGUCUCUAGUAGAAGUGAGGAAGAUAAUCGAGGAAGACGAGGAAGAUCGUAUGAUUCAGGAUUCGCCUUUUACUUCAGCCCGACUGACCUCUUUUGGUACUGGGAUCCAUAUUACUAUAGGAGGCGACGUGUGCAAACUGAUGAUAGCAAGACAAAUUUCAUUGAAUCUAUUUUCUCAUUUGUCUUUGGGGAUGGUGAUCCUAAUCAAGGAAUUGAAGAAGAGAGAUGGAAGUUGAUUGGCCAAUACAUAGCCUCUAAUGGUGGUGUUGUUGCAGCUGAAGAACUUGCUCCUUAUCUUGAUAUAGAAACUGGAAAGGGAAAAAUGGAUGAUGAAUCAUAUAUACUACCUGUUCUUUUACGAUUUGAUGGUCGACCUGAAAUAGAUGAAGAGGGUAAUAUUUUGUAUCGGUUUCCAUCGCUACAGCGUACAGCUUCUUCUCAAAGGAGUGGAAGAAAGGAAUAUGUGGGGAGAAAAUGGGCUGAUUGGGUUGGAGGGGUUGAGAAGUUUUUCAAUGAGAAGAAAUUGCAAUUCAGUAAAACUAGCAUGUCUGAGAGAGCAAUGGUCAUAGGACUUGGUGGCCUCAAUUUAUUUGGUGUUAUCAUUCUUGGAACCAUGUUGAAGGACAUGGCGGUUGCACCAAGUGGAUUCAUUAGAUUUGUUGCUGACAUUUUUCCUCUACUUCAGAUUUAUGCUGGUUCUUUCUUUGCAAUUCCUUUGUUUCGGUGGUUCUUUAUGCAAAGGAGGAAUGCUGAUAUAGAGAAGAGAAACAGAGCAAGAGAACAGCGAGCUCGAGAACUUGAAGUGCCAGAUCUCUCACUAAGGCGAAAGCUCCUCAGUGCUCGGGAUAUGGCUCAAAGGACGGUUAUAGGACAGGAUCAAAUCAUAUACAGUACCGACAGGGAUUUGUUUGAGCAAGACUAUGAGGCCCGAGAAUGGGAUAGGAGAUUUCGAGAGAUAGAGAAAUCAGAUUGAGAAGAGGUCUUCUUUGUGAAUUUAUGGAGUUUUUCACAACUUUCAGCGCUCUAACCUUUAGAUUGGAGUCUUCAGUUAGCAAGCCUUGGAUGAUGUGUCAGAAUUUGCAGUUUUGGAAGUCGGAUUCUGCAAUCUCAUAUGGUUCAUGAGCUCAGAUAAAUGUAUAGCACUCCCUCAAAAUACAAUCCCCAUGAACUUCAACAGUAUCAUAGCCAAUUUUGGGAUACUUUACCUGAAUUUUCACUUACGAUCUGAGAGUAAAUUACCCAAUUGCUCAUAACAGGAUGAGGAUACCUUGUACCUAGUUAUAAUUUAAAUGAUUUGCGGUGUUUCUUUUA